AUGGAAGGUACCGGCUAUGAUGACCCAGACGAUCUCCCUCUAAUUCGUCCUUCUGUGCCAGAUGCUGCGAUUGAAGGUAACAAGACUAUCAGUUCCUUGCUCCUAAUGAGGUUUUCAUGAUC